CAUGUGACCAUGCUCCAACAAUUGGUAGUAAAAAAGUAACAAACACAUUAAAUGCGCGCAGUUUGGUUGCUCUAUGUCAUCUUCUUUAAUUAAUUUCAUAUGAUCUGUGGAAAUUUUGAACAAGUCCAACCUCUGAAUAUCUUUAUGUCCCCUGACCCUUCCUUUUUUUGGACUUUUAGGUGCCCAUAAAUUGAAGUUGCUCUCUCGGUUCUUCAUCAUUUGUUCUCUCCCAGACAAAGCCUUUCAAAGCAGGGUAUUCUUCUCAGUUCUCAGUACGUACUCCAUUUCUUAGCUUAUUCUCUGUGUCGGUGAUGGCUCAGAACACAGCAAGCAAUGGAAACCAUGAUGUGGUUUUAAAUGUUAAAGCUGAUACUGAUGCCUCCAAAAAGUGUGAUGGCAUCAAAGAAGACUGUGUCCCACUGUUUCAGAAGUUGGUAGCAGAGGUGGUGGGGACAUACUUCUUGAUAUUUGCAGGGUGUGCUGCUAUUGUAGUGAACCUUGGCCAUGAUAAGGUGGUAACACUUCCUGGAAUUGCAAUUGUUUGGGGACUCGUGGUUAUGGUGUUGGUUUACACCCUUGGUCACAUCUCCGGUUGUCAUCUGAACCCAGCUGUUACCAUUGCUCAUGCUACCACCAAAAGAUUUCCCCUCAAGCAGGUACCAACUUAUAUACUAGCUCAGUUAGUUGGAGCCACACUUGCAAGUGGAACUCUUAGGCUCAUAUUCAAUGGCAAGGAAAACCAUUUUCCUGGAACACUAGCUUCUGGUUCUGACCUUCAAGCUUUUGUGGUUGAAUUCAUAACCACUUUCUAUCUCAUGUUUGUAAUUUCUGGAGUUGCCACGGACAACAGAGCUAUUGGUGAAUUGGCAGGGCUUGCAAUUGGGUCUACCAUCCUGCUAAAUGUCAUGAUUGCCGGGCCAAUCACUGGAGCAUCAAUGAAUCCUGCAAGAAGUUUAGGACCUGCUAUCGUACACAACGAAUACAAAGGAAUAUGGGUAUUUAUGGUGGCACCAGUUCUAGGUGCAGUGACGGGUACAUGGGUGUAUAACUGCAUCAGGUACACCAACAAGUCUGUGCGUGAGAUCACUCAGAGUGCCUCUUUCCUACGGGGAGGAGCAAAGUAGUUUCACAGCUAGCUAGUGACUGCAAGGAUGCUCUGUUAAAGAUCAACACGUGUCAGGGUUGAAGUAUUAGAAAGAAUGAACUUUUUAAUUAGAAUGACAAAUAACGUUGUCAUAGCUAGCUUUUGAGAAAAUGAAAAAGCAUGGUUGUUUUUCUCACCAGUGUGAAUCAAUUAAUUAUCAAUUACAUCAAAAGUUGUAGUUGCAAAUUUGGAUUUUCCACCUUAUUAGUUAACUCGCGGUAUCAACUUCUCAUGGUAAAGAAAGACGGUUUUUUUAUAACAUGAGAGUGUAAUGGUGUAUUCAUAUUGGGACUUUUAUGAAUGAAGAUUAUAAUUAUAUA